GGGAAGGAGGGGCGGGGCCGGGGCAGCCGGGCCGCCUUCGCUGUCGCCUUCGCCGCCACCUUCAGUGGGAUCGUCCAAAACCCUCUGGGUUCUUCUAUGUUGGAACUGUUGCCAUGGAAACCUCCUGAGUUGCUGCAGUUACCACUGACCUCCAGUUUAACUUCCAGAUAGAGGCCUCCUCCAGAUCUCACACCCUAUGGACCCAUGGGCUUCUUUUUCUGGUUUGCUCCUCCAGGGAAAUUUGCAUAUUUCUCCAAAGAACCUUCAAGAACCUGGACAGCCUGUUUUCAGACUUAGAGGGGAAGCCCACGGUUGUUUCUUGAAAUCUGGGGCUGGAAAUGGCCACAGGGGACGGGUCGAGCCAGAGGCUGCCCCAGGUGGCCGAGCCAGGUGUGGAAGGGGAGCCGCAUCUGCCCACAGGCCGGGAGCUGACCGAGACCAACCGUUUUGCCUAUGCCGCCCUCUGUGGCAUCUCCCUGUCCCAGCUCUUUCCAGAACCUGAGCAAAGAUCCUUCUGCACGGACUUUGUGGCUGGCCUGGUGAAGUGGCUGGACUUGUCUGAAGCUGUCUUGACAACCAUGACUGCUUUUGCCAGCGGCCUGGGAGGCGAAGGAGCAGACACGUUUGCUCAGAUUUUAUUGAAGGACCCCAUCUUGAAGGACGACCCACUGGUGAUCACUCAGGACCUUCUGAGCUUCUCACUCAAGGAUGGGCGCUACGAUGCUCGGGCCCGAGUCCUCAUUUGCCACAUGACCUCCCUCCUCCAAGUGCCCUUGGAGGAGCUGGACCUCCUCGAAGAGACGUUCCUCGAGAGCCUGAAGGAAACCAAAGAGGAGGAAUCUGAAACGGCCGAGGCAUCCCGGAAGAAGAAAGAAAACCGGAGGAAGCGGAAGCGCUAUCUCCUGAUAGGCCUGGCGACGCUGGGAGGCGGGACAGUGAUCGGCGUGACCGGGGGUCUGGCUGCCCCUCUUGUUGCUGCCGGAGCCGCAACAAUCAUUGGCAGUGCCGGGGCAGCGGCUCUGGGCUCAGCGGCCGGCAUAGCUGUCAUGACCUCGCUGUUCGGUGCAGCUGGAGCUGGCCUGACAGGAUACAAGAUGAAGAAGCGUGUCGGGGCCAUUGAAGAGUUCACGUUUCUGCCUCUGACAGAAGGCAGGCAGCUACACAUCACCAUCGCCAUCACGGGAUGGCUGGCAUCUGGCAAAUACCGCACCUUCAGCGCCCCAUGGGCUGCCCUGGCCCACAGCCGUGAGCAGUACUGUCUGGCUUGGGAGGCCACGUACCUGAUGGAGCUUGGCAACGCCCUGGAGACCAUUCUCAGUGGUCUUGCCAACAUGGUGGCCCAGGAGGCCCUAAAAUACACAGUGUUGUCUGGCCUUGUGGCUGCCCUGACCUGGCCAGCCUCACUCCUCAGUGUUGCCAAUGUCAUCGACAACCCCUGGGGUGUGUGUCUCCACCGAUCAGCAGAGGUUGGCAAGCACCUGGCCCACAUUCUGCUCUCCCGGCAGCAGGGCCAGCGGCCUGUCACCUUGAUUGGCUUCAGCCUGGGAGCCAGAGUCAUCUACUUCUGUCUGCAAGAGAUGGCUCAGGAGAAAGCUCCUGGCCUAGGCUUGACACAAACAAGGAACCCAGUACCUGUCAGUAGUUGAUGCAUUAACGAGGGAUGUGAAACCCAUGAAGUUUGCCGUGAGCGCUGCCUGCAGAGAACGGUGCUGAGGCCUUUGGGUGAUGAAGGGCUCAAGCUGCCUCAUCACAGUGGACCCCACCAACUCCGAGACCCCGGCCAGCUGAUCGGUGUGUCGCCCAAGCCUCCUAGUGACCCAGGGCCGCUCCACUCUCCAACUUCCCGGCAGGCAUAAUCAGCCAGCAUGUUCACGGCCCGUGUAGGACUCCUGCCCACCCAGAACCAAGACAAAACGUGCACCUGCCAAACGUGAUACUUUGGGGCAGGAAAUGAACAUAGCCAGAAUUCCCAGAGAGGAACAGUCCACUUCCGACAAUGGUCCAUCUGCCCGCCGACAGGAUGAAUUUGCUUUGGGAGUGACUGAUCCUCUGACCAAGAGUAUUUUUGGCCCCAGCAGGUGGCAAGAGUGGUGGGCAGUGCCUGAUGCCAAGAACAGCCACAGUCCCAGUACUCACCAAGAGACUCUGGGCCCCAGAUCAGUGGAUUGUUCACCUUCCUAUGUAUUUACUUUCAAAGUUCUCAAAAAUUGAGUAGUUGGAAAGAGAGCUCCAUUCAGACUGACUAGUGGUAGCUGAGCCAGGAAAUGGCCACGUGAACCGAGAAGUCAGUUCAGCUUCAGCUAUCUAUGCAUCGAUUCUCCCCCUCAUCCCCAAAAGAUGUGAAGGGAAUUAAUAGGCGACAUUACAUGUUGUCUCUGGCUGGUGGCCCUGUCCAUGCAGUUGGCGAGACAUCAUGAGACAAGCCAGCUCGCCUGUGCCUGUUCUCACUCAUCCGGUGAAAGCCUGCGGGGCCUGCUGCUGCACUCUGGGCACCGGAGCCCAUUCAUUACAUCGGUCCCGGUUUCCCCGUCCCUGCUCCAUCUGUAAGCUGACUCCAUUCGAUUACUUCUCCUUGUGUCUUCAGGAUGCAAGGGACUGUGACCUGAGUUCAGAUCCAGCCCCUGCUAGCUACUGUCUAGGUGCCCUUAGGCAAAUCACUUCACCUCUGAGCUUCAGGUUGAUGAGUCAAGUGGGACCCUGAGGCCUUUGGGGCUUGCUCUGGACUUAAUAACUACUGUUUAUUGAACAUACUAUGUACCAGGCACUCUGCUAAGUGCUUUGCAUAUUUUCCGUUCUUUAAUGUACAAACACCCCUAAGAUGCAGGUAUGGAUAUUCCUUUUGCUAAUGAAGAGGUUGAGUGCAGGGACUAUGUCCGUUUCCUUCGCCCCUGCCGUCCCCAGCACCGGGUAUGGGAUUUGGCACAGAGAAGAGGUAUAAAAAUGUACGUAUGUAGGGCCUGGGACCCAACUUGAGCCAGUCUGAUGGCACAGCUGGCCUUGCGGUAUGGUAGAUGUGACCACACAGUGUUUGACGUGUGGCCAACCCUCAGUAAAUUAGAGUCCCUUUCUCCCGCUCUCCAUCAGUUUAUCCAGAUGGAUUUUCCAGGGCUGUGGCUCUCACUGCCUCUGAGCUCACUAAAAGACAGUAACAUCUUCAGUCUGGCAGCUCCUGGGAGGGAAGGGAGCAAAAUGUGGGAUUCAUUUGCUGCU